AUGUUUCGCUCCUUCACCGCCGCUCCUGCUCCUACCGCCUUCACGGAGUCGCACUUUGUCACCAACGUGAGCGCGAGUCGUCGCCACUUGGUCGACCGUCUCCGCGCCUACCACCUCGACAAGUACAUUGCCUUGCCGCAGAUCGCGGUCAUGGGUGACACGUCGAGCGGCAAGUCGUCCGUCUUGUCGGCCAUCUCGGGCAUUACGUUUCCGUCGUCGAGCACGCUCACUACGCGCUGCCCGACGCAGCUCGUGCUCUCGCAGGCGCCCACACUCUCGGGCUCGGCGCGCCUCAUGCGCUACAACGGGGCGCCCGAGCCACCGACGCCAAUUGCGAGCAUGGCGGAUGUCACUGCCGCAAUUGCAUCGCUCACGCAGCAACUCGUCGAUGAGGGCCAGAGCAUCAGCGACGACUGGAUCGAGAUCACGCUGCAAGGCCCCAUGCUGCCGGACUUGACGCUGGUGGACCUCCCGGGGCUCAUCCGCACGGUCGGUGACGACGAAGACGUCGGGAUGAUUGCGCGCGUCCGGGCCCUCGUGCAGCGCUUCUUGCAGCAAGAGCGCACAAUCAUUUUGGCGGUCGUACCUGCCAACGUGGACAUGCACAACACUGAGAUUUUGCAAGCGUCCAAGGAGGUGGAUCCGGACGGGAUCCGGACGAUGUCGAUCCUCACCAAGCCGGACCUCGUCGACGUUGGCGCGGAGCAGUCCGUGUUGGAUUUGCUAGCGAACCGCACCAAGAAGAAUGCGAGCCACGGCUACCACAUGGUCAAGUGCCGCGGGCAAGACGCGCUCAACAAGGGCGUGUCGAUUGAAGCCGCGCGCAACGAGGAAGCUGCCUACUUUGCAGCGCACUCUGUCUGGCGCACGGUCGACACGCAUCUGCUCGGAGCGAGCCGCCUCGCGACCAAGCUCUCGAAGCUCCUACUCGCGUUUGUCGAGAGCGAGCUGCCCAAGGUGUACGCUGAGAUUGACGCCCAAACCGCCAUCUGCCAGCGCGAGCUUGCAGCGAUGGGGCCGCCAUUGCACACAGUGGGCGCCCGCCGCCAGGCCUACAUGGAGUACGUCCGUAUUGCCAAACAGCAUUUGGACGAUGCGGCCCAUGGGCAGUACAAGGGCGACUUCUUUCGCGAUGGGUCGGACGACAACCGACUGCGGGCACAGCUGCGACGCCUGGAAGGCACUUUCCAAAAAGCCAUUGACAGCGUGUCGACCGUCGACGCCAAAAAGGUUGACAUGGACGAGCGGACGCCACUGGUCGGCGAUUACGUCGAGGUUCGCAAAGGUGAGGACACAUGGCUGGUGCAGAUGAUUACCGACGUCAACUCGAUGCGCCGUGUGAUAACCAACAAGAACUCCUCAUGGUUGAAACGCGGCACCGAGUGGCGCUUCUUGUCGGCCCUCGACACGACGGAGCUCAAGCAGCUCAUGCUCGACAGCCGCGGCGACGAGCUCUCGCUCUUCCUCUCGUACACGACGUUUGCGAACGUGACGGAGCAGCGCUACUUGAGCUUUUGGGAUGCUCCGAUGCAAGCGCUCUUUGAGAGCUACAAGGCGCUGCUCGCCGACGUGACGAGCCGCGCGAUCGCUUCGACGCAAGCGCCCACUGCGGUCCAGCAGCACCUCCAGCGCAUCGCCAACCACGUGCUCAGUGCGUGUGCGGACGCGACCCACACCGCACUCGGCAAGAUUAUGGACAAGGAGAAACGCCCGUACACGCAGAACGACGCGCUGUACCGCGAUUUCAUGACGCUGCGCUUCGCGCCGCUCAUGCAAGGCCUUGACGCACUCUCGGGCAACAACGACGGUGCGAACGUAUCGAUGGGGGCGGUGAAAGCCCUCCUCCAGACGCACGCCGGGGUUGGCUUGGUGACCAACGAGGACGCCCAAGCCACUGACCUCCACCAUGCGAUUGCGGCAUAUUUGCACGUGGCCAAGAAGCGCUUUACCGACAUGGUACCAAUGGAGCUCAACAGCAGUCUGGUCAAGCCGUAUGUGGCGCAACUGGCGCGCCGCUGGGAGACGAUGGACGCAACCGAUGAGAUUCUGGAGCGCAUCCUCUUUGAGAACGACGCUGACGCGCUGCGCCGCGACGAGCUUGGCAACAAACUCGAGGCGCUUCGUCGUGCGAAGGACGACAUUGACAUGCCAUGAGUGCGCUAGGGCGCGACGGCGCCGCACGAAUUUUAAUCAACCAAAGCAC